UAUUCUUCUCCCAACCAUUCUCUCCUUGAAGGAUCUCCUCCAUUCUUCCCUGCAGGUGUAGAUCGAACUAACUUGGCCUUAAGGAAGCCGACCUACCAGUCCUCCAUCUACCCUAAUAGUUUUGGUGGACCACCAGACAGAGCCGUGGAUGGGGACUGCCACGGGGUCUGGACCCACGCCUCCUGCACCCACACCCACCUGGAGAAAGACCCCUGGUGGAGGGUGGACCUGGGAGAGUCUUAUAAAAUCUACGCGGUGGUGGUGAAAAACCGCCAGGACUGCUGUAGCCAUCGGCUCUUUGGAGCUGAGAUCCACUUAGGCGACUCUCUGGAAAACAACGGAAUAUUCAAUCAUCUCUGUGGGAUAAUCCAGGACGCCAGCCUGGGCUCCAUCAGUACCAUCUACUGUGACAAUAAUCGAGGCCGCUACAUCAGUAUCCACUUACCCAGGAAGGAGUACUUGACCGUCUGUGAAGUGGAGGUCUACGGCGCAGAUAAUUUGGCCUUAGGGAAGCCGACUUCCCAGUCUUCCGACUACAUAUAUGAGAGCCUUGGAUCACCAGACAAAGCCGUGGAUGGGGACUGCAAUGGGACCUGGAGACAUGGCUCCUGCGCCCACACCAGCCUGGAGAGAAACCCCUGGUUGUUGGUGGACCUGGGGGAGCCUCAUAAAAUCUACGUGGUGGUGUUGAAAAACCGUGAGGACUGCUGUGGAGAAAGGCUGUAUGGAGCAGAGGUCCACCUAGGAGAUUCUCUGGAUGACCACGGAAGAGCCAACCCUCUCUGUGGGAUUAUCCUGAACACCAGCCUGGGCUCCAUCACCACCAUCUACUGCAACGGGCAGGAAGGCCGCUACAUCAGUAUCCACUUACCCGGGGAGGGGUACUUGACCGUCUGUGAAGUGGAGGCCUACAGCGCCGAGUAAAGAAGCCACGCCUUGCAUUGGGGGGGGGGGCAUUAACGCUCCUACGAAAUGCCAAUUGCUCUCCAAAUAAACGAGCUCCUAAGAUGCA